CCAGCAGUUAAAAGACGAGCCUCCACACACACUUCACAUCUUAGUUUCUCUGUUGGCAUCCAAGUCCAUCCCGAGAUGAAGAAAGGUGCUCUCGCUCUCUUCCUCAUCCUCCUCACCUUUGUUUCCCAUGGCGUAUGGUGUCAAGCAGCCCGGAGAGGAACCAUGGCUGAGGCAGCUCAUCGUCAUCUGAAGCCUCAUCUCCAGGCGCGGGGAUUGCAUGAAACUCAAGGCAGGAGGCUCCUGGGGGAGCUCGAGCACAUGGCAGGUGGCGGUGGCCCCGGCGGUGGAGCCAGUGGCGGCGGGAGGAACACCGGUGGCGGUGCGGUGAACACGAGGCCGCAUAAUACCAAGAACGGCGGCGCUGUAGCGCUGCCGGACCCUGUGACCUCCGUUCUGGCACUGGUUUUCAGCACUACCAUCCUUCUCUCGGUCCUCAUCAGCUUCUAAAGUACUGACUGAUCUUGUUCCGGGUGGUACUGCUAGUAUCUGUGUAGUGUUGCAGUUUCAGAAAUUGUUUGCCCAACGUUUAUCGGUAUCAGACUGAUAUUGUUUACGCCUACUGCGUGCUUCGUAAGUUCUCGAAUUACCAAGCUAUGUUUAGUCGGCAAGUACCAAAUUAUCCUGCUACACCGGAAAAUACAUGUUUGUACACCAAGCAAUCGACAGUAUGCGUGGAUAAAAUGGAAUUCAGACAUUGCAUACACUAAAAUGCCGUAUGUUA